AUUGUUUGGACCGGCUGUUAGCAUUUAAUUAAAAUUAUAUUAUUCUAAAAAAAGAAAAAAGCCUCCAUCAGCGGGCCUCUCUCUCUCUCUCUCUAAAAUCUUUUUUUUUUGGUUGGUAGAAAACUUUCUUUCAAAUCGCCAACGUUUCUUUAAUUUCUAGUCGGCGUUUGUAUGUGCCCUCUAACCCCUAACAGUCCAACGUUCCAAAAAAAAGGCUUCCGCAAAAAUAUACACAUCUCCUUGAAUUGAAAACACAAGUACCACCGCGCCACAGAUUUUCAUGUCAAUUUCAAGCUUUUAAUUCCCCUGAAAUUUCGGGGGGUUUAUUUUUUCAUCGUCUGGUUCUUCAUCGUUACAUUCUCGUUUUAUUUCCUUUUGUUUUUCUCUUAUUCUUACCAGGAAUUUUUUGUUUGACAGAAAAUCCAUCUCUAUAAACCCACUUUUCUCUUAAUGCAAUCUUUACUGUAUUAAGCUUUUUCUUGUUUUUUUUUCUGUCUUUUCAUUUGUUUGGGUUUGUUUUCUGAUUUUUUUUCGUCCUUUCCCUUUCUGGGUCUCUCUGGUGUUGUCUCAAAUUCCCUCUUCGUUUUUUUUUUCAAGAUCCCAUUCGAUUUUUCAUUUUUUUUUCUUUUGUUAAUAAAAAACUCUAUUCAAAUGAGAAUUUUUUAGAUAAGCUGCGUUCACGACUCAUUCUUCGAGCAAAUCUUUAAAUACCCAUUUCCGAAGGACCAAGUUUUGAGCCUCAUCUCAUCCGAUUUGAAGCACAUAGGCUUCGGAGUAGACCAUUUCAUGGUUUCAAGCAAGUGGGGUUCUCUGGUUUGACAAGGCCUUCAACCCCUCCAAUUGAAGGACCCGAAUCGCAAUCUUUUCUUCUUCCCUUAGUCUCUUCCUGAUCCGUCAUUGUGACCCGAAGAAAUGUACGGAACGCAAAGCAGAAGAGACAUUUUGGAGCUCCAGUCCCAAAUAAAGAACUGGAGGCCCAGCAUUCACACCCGGAGGGCAAACAUCACUGUAAAGUUUCAAGAUCUUUAUGGGUUUACGGUGGAAGGGAAUGUUGAUGAUGUUAAUGUAUUGAAUGAGGUGAGGGAAAAGGUGAGGAAGCAAGGUAGGGUCUGGUGGGCAUUGGAGGCCAGUAAAGGUGCUAAUUGGUAUUUGCAGACCAAGAUUUCGUCGAUCUCUGAAGGGAUCGCCCUUAAAUCCUCCCUUAAAUUAUCGGCUCUUGCUAAUGCUAUUACUCUCAGGAGGCUAAUUAGGAAGGGUAUACCGCCGGUUUUGCGGCCUAAGGUGUGGUUUUCUCUGUCAGGAGCAGAGAAGAAACGAUCAACGGUGCCGGAGAGUUAUUACAGUGAUUUGACCAAGGCUGUUGAGGGCAAAGUCACGCCUGCAACACGCCAGAUCGAUCAUGACCUACCACGAACCUUCCCGGGUCACCCAUGGUUGGACACCACUGAAGGUCAUGCUGCUCUCCGACGUGUUCUUGUUGGGUAUUCUUUUCGUGAUUCUGAUGUUGGUUAUUGUCAGGGUUUGAAUUACGUUGCAGCACUUUUGCUGCUUGUGAUGAAGACAGAAGAAGAUGCAUUUUGGAUGCUUGCUGUCCUCUUGGAAAAUGUCCUAGUUAAUGAUUGCUACACAAAUAAUUUAUCAGGAUGUCAUGUUGAGCAGAGGGUUUUCAAAGAUUUGCUUGCUAAAAAAUGCCCUAUGAUAGCUGCUCAUUUGGAAGCUUUGGAGUUUGAUGUGUCCCUUGUUGCCACUGAAUGGUUCCUCUGCCUCUUUUCCAAGAGCUUGCCUUCUGAGACAACUCUGCGGGUAUGGGACGUCCUUUUCCAAGAGGGGGCAAAGGUUCUCUUCAACGUAGCUUUGGCCAUCUUCAUGAUGAAGGAGGACGAGCUGCUCAUGACACAUCAGGUCGGCGAUGUUAUUAAUAUUUUACAGAAAACCACUCAUCACCUUUUUGAUCCUGACGAUUUAUUGACGGUGGCUUUUGAUAAGAUUGGUUUCAUGACAACCAACACUAUUUCAAAGCAAAGGAAAAAGCAAGAACCAGCAGUCAUGGCAGAGCUUGAUGAGAGAUUAAGACGGCUAAACUCGGGAAGAACGGAUGACAAAUGACCAAUUCCCACAACAGCAUCAACUUGUAAUAUACUGGGCAACCAUGCAGCGGCCGCUGCCCCUCUCGAGAAGGAUAUUCGAGUUCUGUUUUUAUACUUUUUAUCUUUGAGAGGGAAGAGAGCCCUUGCUGUUUUCACAACGUAGGGAGUGAUAAUGUAAAUUUUGAACCGUGUCAUUCCUUACAGUUGAAAUCACAUUGCAAAUUACUGAAAUUAGGGCGGUGCUGGACUUUUCUGCCCUGUAAAUUUGGUUUUUUUUCUAUAUCCCACCAAGAAUUGUUCCUCCAGCCA